UGAACAUGGUGACACUUUACAGCUCCGUAUUGAAUACAUGCCGCCGGCUUGUUUCUGAAAUUCCCUAGCUGUCUUAAAAUGGACGGGCUCUUUCAUAGACGUUGAACCGGCUCAUGCGUGUAGGAUUCAGCCUGGACCGGCUUCUUGGGAUGCGAGGCAAAUUUCCGCUGAUAUUUCAAAACGCAAUUUAGCAGACAUAACAGCCCGUGUUCAUGGAGAUGACUGGCGGGGGAGGUGCAUCGACACUGGGCUGCAUGAGAAAUAACGAGGACGCUGCUCAGAGGAUUUCUCUCAGCUCAAACACAGACUGCUGUCUUUAUUGGCAGCCUAAAUAGUCCAUAUUCCAUACUAAGAUUAUUCUAUUCUUCUGAGUGUCUCUGUGGCCAAGAGAGUCAAGACACCAGUCCUCAAUGGGCUGAUAUUAACUUCAGAAGAGGUUAUGUGUGUAUCAGGGCAAAAGAUUCAAAGCUACAAAUUAUGAAUCCAGAUUUGUUUUUUGUUUAGUUUGGAUGAACUCUGCUGAAUUAUAACAUCAAAGUAGGACAUUGUUAAUUAAUUAAUGCAGCAAUUGAGACACCAGAAUUCAUCCACUGAUCAUGAAUCAGAGUGAAGGCAUCUUUCUGAAGGAUUUCAUCAGACCUGCUGUUUCUUAGAUAAACAAAUCCUCACAUCUCACCUGUGGCAGCUUUCCAAAAGACACAAUAGUGGAAACAAUCAAUUAGGUUUGGGGAGGUUACACUCAUUGUUUGAUCUGAUGUAUGCUGUCCUUUAGUGAACCUGCCUUUGGGAAUACAUGUUACUUACACACUGGCUAGCAACAGUACAGUAUCAACCAGUGACAGGAUUUGGCACAGUUUCUGCAGCGAGAUGUGGUGAUGGAGGAGAGCAGUUGCAGCUCUCUGAUCCUCUGAUCCCCUCUCCCCCCCACUGCUGGUGGAGGACGUCUCGUCUCUGUCAAUGGGCCAUGUAUGGAUUUUGUGCUUGAGUUGACCGAGGGCAGGCCUACAGUGUCAAACAGCAGUCAGGUUGCCAUGAACCCAUACGGCAGAGCGAGCAGCACAGCAGCCCCCCUGUCCUGCACCAGCUGUGGGGGUUGCUGCUCACCGCCUCCCCCUUGCCUAAUCCCGCCCGGGCCCCCCUCAUCUACUACCUCUUCCUCCUCUUCCAUUCCCCCAAAUAUGACCCCGCCACCGCCGAUGUACCCUGCCCCUGUACUGCAGGUGGAGAAUGGCAGCAGCUGGAAGUCUUCCACCAUCUCCUCCUCUGGCUCCCCAGACUCUCACCCUGGUCACCGCUGUGGCGCCAACAACCCCAACCCCUACUGGACGGCAGUGUUCGACUAUGAGGCCACAGCAGAUGAGGAGUUAACCCUGCGGCGCGGGGAUCUCCUUGAGGUUCUCUCUAAAGACUCCAAAGUGUCUGGGGACGAGGGUUGGUGGACAGGCAAGAUCCAGGAGAAAGUGGGUAUCUUUCCAUGUAACUACGUCACUAGGGGGGACACCGCCAAGUACCAGCAGCUGACCGCAGGAGGGCUGGUGGCAGGCGGAGUGGGUGACUGCCCCUUGGAAAUAGACUUCUCAGAACUGCUCCUGAAUGAGGUGAUUGGAGCUGGUGGGUUUGGGAAGGUGUACAAAGGAGUAUGGGGGAGAGAGGAAGUAGCAGUAAAGGCCGCCAGGCAAGACCCCGAUGAGGAUAUUAGUGCCACAGCAGAGUGCGUGCGGCAGGAGGCCAGGCUGUUCUGGAUGCUCCGGCACCCCAACAUCAUUUCUCUGCGUGGGGUCUGCCUGCGGGAGCCCAACCUGUGCUUAGUGAUGGAGUACGCCAGAGGGGGGGCUCUGAACCGAGCACUCGCUGGAAAGAAGGUUCCCCCGAAGGUUCUGGUGAACUGGGCGGUCCAGAUCGCCACAGGGAUGGACUAUCUGCACAACCAGGCAUUCGUACCUAUUAUUCACAGAGACCUCAAGUCCAGCAAUAUCCUCAUCCUGGAGCCGGUGGAGCGGGAGGACUUGGGAGGGAGAACUCUGAAGAUCACAGACUUCGGCCUGGCCAGAGAGUGGCACCAGACCACCAAGAUGAGUGCAGCGGGGACUUACGCCUGGAUGGCCCCCGAGGUCAUCAAGCACUCCCUCUUCUCCAAGAGCAGCGACGUGUGGAGUUUCGGUGUGUUGCUGUGGGAGCUACUGACCGGCGAGGUUCCCUACCGGGAGAUAGACGCACUUGCGGUCGCUUACGGUGUUGCCAUGAACAAGCUAACACUCCCUGUCCCCUCAACGUGCCCUGAACCCUUCGCUCAGCUGCUGGGAGAGUGCUGGAGCCCAAACCCCCGCAGCCGGCCUUCCUUCACCAGCAUCCUGGGACGACUGCUGGCCAUCGAGCAGUCGGCCAUGUUUCAGAUGCCUCUGGAGUCUUUUCACUCCUUACAAGAAGACUGGAGGCUUGAGAUCCAGCAGAUGUUUGACGAGCUCAGGGCCAAAGAGAAGGAGCUGAGGUCCUGGGAGGAGGCGUUGGCUCGAGCAGCCGAGGAGCAGAGGGAGCAGGAGGAGCAGCUUAAGAGGAGAGAGCAGGAGCUGGCGGAGAGGGAGAUCGACAUCGUGGAGCGAGAGCUGAACAUCAUCAUCCACCAGAUGUACCAGGAGAAACCCAGCGUGAAGAAACGAAAAGGAAACUUCAAGAAGAGCAGAUUAAUGAAGCUGGGCCGAGACAGCAACUGUAUCAGUCUGCCCUCUGGCUUUGAGCAUAAGAUCACAGUUCAGGCGUCUCCCAGUGUGGACAAGAGGAAGACUCAGGGAAGCGAGAGCACCACCCCGCCGGCCAGCCCGGGGGUCAUCCCCCGACUGAGAGCCAUCAGACUGACGCCGAGUGACGGCAGUAAGACGUGGGGUCGCAGUGCCGUGUGUAAGAAGGAGGACCUGUCGACCAGCAAGAAGAAAGGACGCACCUGGGGACCAAGCUCCACCCUCCAGAAGGAGAGGGUCGGCGGGGAGGAAAAAUUGAAAUCACUGGGUGAGGGAUGCAAAGUUUGGUCGUCCAGUGCACCAAAUCUGGGCAAGUCCCCCAAACAUGCACCCAUGACCGCCGGCUUCUCCAGCCUCAAUGAAAUGGAGGAGUGCGGUGAGUUGGAGGAGUCACCAGGGUCCCUGCUGCCCUCAGAGACCAGCAGUAACGGGGCGGUAGAGGACUCGGGGUCCCCUUGCAGCAACCUGGGGCCAAACACGUUGCCCAAUGUUGGGAAUAUGAACUCCUGUCAGGGGCCCGGCGGGCUGGCGACGGGGAUGAACUACCAGGACUCGCUCCGUCGCUGCAGCCAGAGGAAGAAGAGCGACAUGCUACUGUUGGGUUGUGCCUCUAUGCUCGCAUCUGUUGCCCUCGGACAAGACCUGCUGCAUCUGGGAAAACUACAGGUGCUCCAGGAUGAGCAGGAUCUCAGAGAGGAGCAGCGUAAGAAGAAGGAGGGUCUCUUUCAGCGGACGGGACGAUUCCGUCGCAGCACCUCUCCACCCAGCCGAAACCUCUCCCUCUCCCUCUCCAGACAUCACGACUCUACGCUCCCCUGCUUGGACCCAUCUCCCUCCGUUACACUCCUGUCUUUGUCCUCUCUGUCUGACUGCAACUCCACCAAGUCCCUCCUUCCCUCCGACCCAGACGACUACCCCCUGACCCUGGUGACGGAGCUCAAAACACCGGCGGCGCCCCCGGCUCCCGCCCUUAACCCGCUCUUGGACCUGCGGGCGGAGAGCUUUAAGAAGGAGCCCAACCAGUCGCUCACGCCCACCCACGUGUCUGCAUCGAUGGCCCUGAACAGAGGACACAGACGGACCCCUUCGGAGGGAGCGAUACGACCCAGAGCUCAAACUCUUGGACACCACAGGACGCCGUCAGAUGGAAGCAUGCCCAUGCCUCCUCCACCGGGGGCACCACACAUCACUGCUAAGAAAGGUACACAGGUCCCUCUGGACGUCCCCCGCCGAACUGAGCCCUCCACCAUCUUCCCGGUCCCCCAUCGGCGUAAAGCCCCCGCUCCACCGAUCCCUGACACGGUUCCUCUCUGCCUCAUCAGCCCUCUUGAGCGACCCAAGACGCUGGAGUUUGCACCACGGCCUCGGCCCACCCCGGCGAAGAUGAGAGCUGACCCCUGGAAGCUGGGCUCCCUCUCCCGGACCCUCAGCUCUUCGCCUGGCAGCAGCUGCGACAGCCCCCUUGGCUCGGGGGACAGCGGCGCUAGCACCAUGCAACCCAACCUGAUGGACAUGGACGUAGAGGGCCAGAGUUCGGACCAGACUGUCACUCUGUGUGGACAGCAGUUCUCAUAGUGAAAAACAGCCAAGUCUACUUUUCUGCAUUCAAACCUGUUCCAGGACUUCAGAGCGUGGGCUGAGUGCCGACUGAUGUCUGAGCCAAGCAAAGGGAACUCACUGAAGUUUGCAAAAACAUCCCAACACAUGUCAAUAUCUAGGCACUUACUGGAAGCUAUUCCUCUAAUGUGUCCCUUUAGUGUCCUAAUAAGGUGUGAAACUCUUCCAGCAAGGCUUUCCCCGAUAUUGCUCUCCAACCUGCACACUGAGGGUCCUAGAGGCCUUUUAAAAGCCUUGUAGUGUGCUCACCCACCUACCUUACGCAACACUUCUCUCCCUCCUUCUUAGUGCCCCACGACAAGGACACACUCACAACCUUCAAAUGCCAUUCAAGUAUACUUGCUAUCUUUUCAUUCCUACUCGUCUGCCUGUGUAGCUGCCCACUUUAUGCUUGCUUCUCUCACUCCAAAGGAAAGAUGUUCAUUCACAUUUCACCUAAACGUUUCAGGAGUGUUUAAUUCACAGAAAACAGAAGUUGGACUGUUUAAAAUUCUUAAUAGAGCGUGUCUUUGUUCUAAUUUUGCACGCCAAUUGUUCUGCCGUAGCACAAACAUUUUCCUUAAACUCUGCCUUCUUCUUCACAUGUGUCAUCUCUCUGCAUGGGGGUCAUCGUCCUCUCCCCUCAAAGGCCGAGACAGGAAAAAGCCUUUUAUCUCACAGCACUGGUGGACCGGUUAUAUCUUUGUCUUGUACAGAAGGAAAAACAAAUAAUUUAUUUUCUCAGUGCUGGCACCAUCUCAACCACAACCUGUUUGCAUAAUGUUUUUUCUAUUGGUUUGGCAGACCACAUGUUUCUCUCUGUGUGAAUGUGUAUAUAUUACUGUACAUGUGUGGAAGAACAAAAUGGGUUAAUUUGUUUGCGUGGUAUUGCUUCUUCAGUGUAGGUUGUUUUCCGUAUGAAUGGUUCGCUGAAAGACGUGCAGCACUUCUUCAAAAUAAGAUCUCAUCCGUUUGUCUUGUACACGUUUUACAUUCCUCCCUCACAGUCAGUACUCUGUGUGGAUCCCGCUCAUGCCACUGAAAUGGACACACAAGUGCACACUGAGGGAUAAUGCUACCUGAUUUCAAGAUCAACCUCUUGUCGGACCAUUUGGAAGCUUCAUAUUCUCCUCUGACCGGUUGUCUUCAACAUCAGUGGCACUUUAAGAGCCUCUCUGUGGACCGGUUGACUCUACUCACGGCCGACAAAUCAACUUUCAUCUGCGCACGGCGGUCGAAAGGUUUGUCUUGGCUGCAGGUGGUAUUUUACUUGACAGUGCACAUUUCUCUAGGUGAGUGUGUGUGUGUGUGUGAGGGUAAAUAUGUGUGUUUGUGUUACUAUUUGUAUGGGAUGCUGACAAUCCCGUCAGAGUGAGCCCAAACUCAUUCUCCUUGUGUGGUUAAGAACACUGAGUAUUUAUUACAUUUAUUGUUAUUAUUGGAAAAGAUUAAUUGUUAUUACAAUGCUCUUCCUGGGAUAUCUGUAUAUAUUUGUUAAUAUAACAGGAAAAACCAAGGAAAAACUUGCUUACUGAAACGUCCAUGUUGACUCCUGUCUCAACUUGUGACAUUUCUGGUUUCAAUGAGGAAUAAGUGUGAAACGUGAAG